ACAUGGGCUCCUAUGGACCAGCCUUCUAUCAAUCUUACUGUACCUCAGGCCAGUUCACCCAUGAAUUUGACGGGGAUCAACUGUUCUCUGUUGAGCUGAAGAACAGGGAGGUUGUGUGGCGUCUGCCUGAGUUUGGUGACUUCACGCACUUCGACCUACAGGGUGGGCUGUCCAGCAUUGCCAUGAUCAAAGUCCAUCUGGAUGUCUUGGUGGAACGCUCCAACCGAACCAGGGCGACCAGUGUGCCUCCCAGGGUGACCGUUCUCCCCAAGUCUCGAGUGGAACUGGGAGAGCCCAACAUCCUCAUCUGCAUCGUGGAUAACAUCUUCCCCCCUGUGAUCAAUGUUAGCUGGUUGCGCAAUGGUCAAACCAUCACAGAGGGAGUGGCCCAGACAAGCUUCUAUUCCCAGCCUGACCACUUGUUCCGCAAGUUCCACUACCUGACCUUUGUGCCCUCAGCCGAGGAUGUCUAUGACUGCAAGGUGGAGCACUGGGGCCUGGAAGGGCCACUCCUCAAGCACUGGGAGCUCCAGGGGCCUACCCCACCACCGGACACCAUAGACACCAUAGUCUAUGUCGUGGGCUUGGCCAUUGGCUUGGUGGGCUUCCUCGUGGGCACCAUCCUCAUCAUCACAGGCACAGUCAUGUCCAGGGCUCACAGGUGCAGAAGCCCCAGAAGUCUGGGGGUGGAGGGUAGAAGGUGGGCCAUUUAGAACAAGAUAGAGGUGGAGAAUCAGAGAUUCUAUGGGGACAGAGCCUUGGGGAAGAGUGACACACACAAGCAGUAGAUUGGGAAUAGAAAAGCAAAAGUGGGUAUGGGAGUGAGGUCUGGGGGAAGUGGGCACUCAGAGAUAGGAUAUAGAAUUAUGAGCUUGAACAACCUUGAUCAUAUGGUUUUUGCUACUUUAGGUAAUGACACUUCUGAGAGAAACAGAUGGUGGGAGAUGUCCUAUGGAUUCCUCAAGCCUUUGCAUGCUCAGCACCUGAGUCAACUAAGUACAUCCCCACUAUUCUGACUUUGAAUAGCAUCAACCUCCAUCCCUGUACUUAUGGUAGUGCCUGUUCGGGUACAGCCAGCUCCCCUUCUAUCCCAAAUCCCCAAAUGUUCUUGCUCUGUCCUAAGCUCUGGCUGGCAGCACUCAAUUCUUUAGUGGUGUUUGCACUGUAUUUUUUUCUUUUAAAAAAAACAAACCAGGUCUGGGUCGGUACUCCUAGGUGUGAGAGAUGCUGGUACCUGAAGAGGAGCUCUGGGUGAUGACCACUGAGCAUGACCACAUUGGCAGCCAUCCUUGGGCUGGACCUGCUGUGUCUUGCUCCAUUUGGCACAUUGUAUGUUACUUUGUCCAUAGGCCAU